AUGGUGCAGGCAGGCGGCCAUCGACGCCCGUGGGCAGAGGCCGCCAGCAGUGUUUUCGCCGUGGCGUCAGCUCUGCCUUCCACCAUGAACAGCGAGCAGAUUGCUGAUCUGUUUGAAAAGAUUGAAAGUGGGGUUGCAAUCGACCCGUUUCCUCAACUCCCAGCCGAUAUCAAACGAAAUGCCGGUCACUUCGACGUCGUAAAGAUUCUCCUGGAGGCAGGAGCAUCGGUGGACCUGCCAGAUAUGAUGGGAUGGAGUCCGCUGAUGUGGGCUGUUUAUAAAUGUCACCCUGAAGUAGUCGAUUUAUUACUGAACUAUGGAGCUCAUGUAAAUCUCAUCGAUGAAGAGGACGGACUAACCCCACUCAUCGUUGCUUCUGGUCGAGGUUUCACCUCCGUUGUUGAGAAACUUCUUGCAGCAGAUGCCCAGUACCGCUUUGAUAUGGGCUGCUAG